AUGGCUACAAAACCGAAAGAGAUUAGUACUAACCACAAAUCCAGGAGCAGCUCUGCCCCUUCAACCCCGAAAAAAGGCGAGUCUGAGAAGACAAAGUUGACAAAUUCCUCAGAAACUGUCACAACACCGCACUACCUUAAACCAACCAUAAGCUCUGGCAAUAUUGCCUGCAAAAAUGUCAAAAAGCAGCCAUGUCUAACAUCAAGAAGAUCCUUUGACAAACCAUCACCACAAUCAAAACCAUCAGUGAAAGCAGCAGCUAAAACUCCAAAAUCUCCUCCUGCUCCCUCAAAACAUAUCAUAACAGAGAAGGCAUCAAAAACAGUUAGCAACACAAAUCCUCCGAAGCUUUCUAGGGUGAAGAGUCUUCCCAAGGGAGCAAUCAGUGUCACAAAGAAAACAAAAAGUGACCUAAACGAGAAGAAGUUAUCUGUUCAUACAUCGAACAAGGAAGUUGUUCAACAAGCACGAGUUGAUCAGCGAAAGAUUCAUGAUGUUGUAGAGCACCACAAAGUUCCAUCUCCUAAAGAAAUGCAUGCCACUAGAGCACUUGAAAAGAAUGUGCAAUCAAAGCUGAAAAUUAAGGAGAAAGAGAAGGUGGCAGUUGAUGGAGAGAUGGAGGACGAGAGCAUGGCAAUGAAGAAGAAGGGGUCGCCAAAAGGGAAUGACGUGAUCGAGGAAACUGCAAAGAAGUUGACAGACAGGCGGAACAAAGUCAAAGCACUUGUUGGAGCUUUUGAAACUGUCAUGUCAUUACAAGAAACAGACGGUCAACACAGUCCACAGCAGGCAAAGGAGAAUGCCAUCAACAGCCACAUGGAAUAUGAGGGUCAGGAAAGUCAGAAACAAAUAAAGGAGAAUACCGAUAUGGAUACCUCAGAGAACAAUGCAGUACAACAUGAGGAAGAGACCAGGGAAAACGAGUUGGGGAAGCCAAUGGAAAAUAUUACAGGAGAGGAUUCAAAUGAUAACAACGCUUGAAUCUGACUUGGCGAGUGAAGAUUGACCAUGCUAUUGUAUGACAUCAAGUUUGUGGUUUGCAUGUUUCUGAAACGAGAUUAUGACUCAGUACUAUGGGAGUUAUUUUCUGGAUAUUCAGAGAAAAAGAUGGUUGCUAUGGCAUUAUGAACAUCUUAUAUAUGGGAUGAAAUUAGAAUAUUUCCUUGCGACAAUAGGAGGAAAGACCUACAUCUGAUGUUAUGUUGCAAGUAAUCAUCUUCUAGCUCCUGUUAUGAAGGAGCGAAUUGUUAUGCUACAAUGGCUACAGUUCUGAGGGCUUGUAUUAUAUCUCCAUGCUGUUAUUAUAUUAGUGUUUUAGUGUAUUAGUGUGUGCUGCAAGUAUGGAACUUUUCGCAGCCAAAGAGACUUCUCUAUCUCUAUUAAAUGAUUUUAUUAAACUAAUUUUCCAAUCAUUAAUAACCACUCAAAUCACUAAAUCCUUGCGGUAUACCAAGCUAGGAGUCAAAUAAACUAAUAAAGCACAAGUAAAGGCA